AUGUACGAGACAACACCAACCAACAGGCAGAGUGGCGUUACCAAGUAUGCCUCUUCACACCGCUGUACAGUAGGGUGCCAAAAGUUCGUGUACACCCUCCCAGUGCGUCACCUUAAGCCCACUAAUUACGUCUCUUUAUAA